AAAGCCCCUCUGUGGACUUCAGGGGAGCACAUCUGUGGGAGCAGUUAACAAGUCACAGGCAGAAUGCUGCGCUGCGUGGUGGCCGUCUGUCUCCUGGCCCUGUCCUGGGCUCAGGACUGCCAAGUGUCCAACAUCCAGGUCAUGCAGAACUUCGACAAGACCAGGUACACAGGGACGUGGUACGCCGUGGCAAAGAAAGACCCUGAAGGUUUGUUCCUCAUCGACAACAUCGUGGCCCAGUUCACCGUGGCCGAAGAUGGCACCAUGACCGCCACAGCUAAGGGCAGAGUCAUCAUUCUCAACAACUGGGAGAUGUGUGCCGACAUGUUGGCCACCUUUGAGGAGACUUCAGACCCAGCCAAGUUCAGGAUGAGGUACUGGGGAGUGGCAUCUUACCUGCAGACUGGAAAUGAUGACCACUGGGUCAUCGACACCGACUACAACAACUAUGCCAUCCACUACUCCUGCCGCCAGUUAAAUCAGGACGGCACUUGCCUCGACAGUUACUCCUUCGUCUUCUCCCGACACGUGACGGGCCUGAGCGCAGAGCAUCAGGCUAUUGUCGCCCAGAAGAAGGCCCAACUGUGCCUGCUGGGCAAAUAUCGGCGCGUGGAGCACACCGGCUUUUGCGAAGGUAGCAGCUGAUCUAUUCCCACACAAAGAUUUGUCCUAUUGAAGCUCCCACCAGUGGGAUUGGGUCCCCAAUCUUCCUUUGUUGUCUCUGAAAAAAGGCGACCGCUUCCUUUUCAGAAACAGUUACUUGUGUCACAUUUACUGAAAAGUCCCAAAUGUCUUUAAAUGUAUUAUUACUCAUAGAUGCUUUUUGUAAGCGGGAUCAGGAUCUAUUUAUGAGAAUGUGGUAAAAAAAUUAUGGCUUGCAAAUAAGCUCUUAGGAGCGCACCUCUGGAGGAGUUUACCCGACAUGUUUACAACUGCUUCCGGAAAAUCACUGGCAUUAUCUUUUGUACCAAAGUCUGCAAAAGUCUUUGUUUGUUUGAAAUAAUCAUGCAUAUUAAGUCAGGGGCUUGUUAUAGUGUAGCAUUUUAUUUCUCUUUUUGUGAAAUAAAACAUUCAUACUG